UUCAGCUGCACCCCUGUCCUGGUCCAUAUUUACGGCUUCAGUCCCAUGACUGCCCAGCUAGCUAACAUCGACCGAAGCUAACCUGACAAGAAGACGGAGGAGGAGGAUCAGGAAAUUGAAGAUGGCGACCAGCUCGGAGCGAAGUCCUCCUCCGUUCCCCGACUCCGAGGACCAAGAUGUGCUGGACUCCGAAGAAGUCGGAGGCCGAGACAGCGACGAAGACGACGGGGACGACCCCUUCAUGAGCGCAAGCAACCCUCCACUGACUGAAACGGACACCAAACUGCCACCUGCCAGUCAACCCAGUGAUGUUUUAAUGAAGCCUCCCACUGACAUCAUGAACGAUCCCUUAAUUGAGCCCAUCAGCAGCCAAACAGAAAACAAGCCAGCAAGUGAAGUUGCCAGUGAACCCUCAGAUGAUUUCGUUGACCUAACAAACAACGUAGCCGAAGCUGCUGCUGACAAAGUCGCAGCUGCAGCAAAAGACACAACUGAAAUCUCUUUAGAUGAACCCUCAGAUGAUUUUGUUGAUAUAUUGGGAAGUGAAACUGAGGCACUGCAAGAGGAAGUGGCGGUAGCGGAUGUUACUGCUGAAGCAGUAACGGAUAAAAGUGAAGUGACAGGCAGUGUUACAGAUCCGCCUGCCGAUGCAAAACAGGAAGCACAAGACACUUCCACUGCUCCAAUUAUCGACUUCAGUGGUGAUUCAUCAGCCAGUAACACCCAACAGCCACCUGGCUUUAACAAAAUUGUUGACCCUCUGGUUGACCUCCUUGGUGAUGCUCCACCCGCUGCAGAUCCCAAAAAACCCAGCAUGGCAACAGUCGACCUGUUCAAGGAUGAGGGAAGUGACUUGUUUGCAGAACCAUGGCAGACUAAAUCCGCCAAGCUGCCACAGAAGAGCCUCUUUGGCGAACCCGAUGAGGACCUGCUUGGUGAUCUGCUGGGUGCCACCUCAAAGAAAACCAUCAAUAAAGAGCAGAAGGACAAACCUGUCACAACCAAAGCUGCUGCUGGUGAUGGUUUUAGCAUAGCUGGGCCUCUGCAAGAGAGUAAUCCUGCAGAACCUGCUGAUAUCUUCACUGAAGAGGCAAUCACCACAGCACCCAGCAUCAGCAACGCCAGCACCGUCAACUCCAAGACCAAUGGAGUCCACUCUGAAGAGGAGACGGAUAUCUUUGCUGAAGCCACAGUGGAGCUUUCUCUUGACAGUCCGCGGAACGAAAGAAAGAAGGAGGUAACUGCCAAACCGUCUGCGCCCGCCCCCUCCCCGUCAGCUGCUGCCAGCCUGGCCAAGCCACAGUCUGCUGCCCUUGAGGAGUUGGAAGAAGAGGAAGAAGAGGAGCAGGAAGACAAAUUUGACAUUUUUGUCUCUGUCAAAGACCCUGAAAAAAUAGGGGACGGGAUGAACGCUUACAUGGCCUAUAAAGUAUCCACACAGACCACACUGCCCAUGUUCCGCAGCAAAACGUUUACAGUGAGACGACGCUUCAGCGACUUCCUCGGCCUCUAUGAGAAGCUUUCUGAAAAACAUGGACCAAAUGGAUUCAUCGUGCCCCCACCACCUGAGAAGAGCAUCCUGGGUAUGACAAAGGUGAAGGUGGGAAAGGAAGAUUCCUCAUCUGCAGACUUUGUUGAGAGAAGAAGAGGUGCUUUGGAGAGGUAUCUGCAGAGGGUGGUAAAUCACCCAUCGCUUCUCCAAGAUCCCGAUGUCAGAGAGUUCCUGGAGAGAGAAGACUUGCCCAGAGCAGUGAGCACCCAGGCCCUGAGCGGCGCCGGCUUCCUGAAAAUGAUUAACAAAGCAACAGAUGCUGUCAGUAAAAUGACCAUCAAGAUGAAUGAGUCAGAUGUGUGGUUUGAGGAGAAGCUGCAGGAGGUGGAGUCCGCAGACCAGCAGUUCAGGAAGCUCCAUGCUCUGGUCGAAUCCCUGGUCGUCCACAGGAAAGAGCUGUCGUUGAACACGGCGAGCUUUGCCAAGAGUACGGCCAUGCUGGGCAGUGCAGAGGACAACACGGCUCUGUCCCGAGCGCUCUCCCAGCUGGCAGAGGUGGAGGAUAAGAUGGAGCAGUUACACCAGGAACAGGCUGCAAACGACACCUUCAGCUUUGCCGAACUCAUCGCAGAUUUCAUCCGCCUGCUUGGAGCCGUGAGGGGGUCGUUUGAUCACCGGAUGAAGGCGUGGCAGCGUUGGCAGGAUGCUCAGGCCAUGCUGCAGAAGAAGAGGGAGACCGAGGCCAAGCUGCUGUGGGCCAACAAGCCGGACAAACUGCAGCUGGCCAAAGAGGAGAUCGCCGAGUGGGAGGCCAAAGUGACGCAGUAUGAGAGAGACUUUGAAAGAGUUUCUGCUACUGUUCGCAAGGAAGUCGUUCGCUUCGAGAGAGAAAAGGCCAAGAAUUUCAAAAUACAGAUAAUCAAGUACUUGGAGUCUGUGCUUCAGUCUCAGCAACAACUGAUAAAGUAUUGGGAGGCUUUCUUACCAGAAGCGAAAGCGAUCGCCUAAUCCUCGAGCACCAGCCUUUUGGAUGACAAAACAGGCUGCCUUUUUCUUAUACACUUUACCUCUUUUGCCUUUAAACCAAGGAAAAUACGUGCAUUGUAAAGGGAGAUACAAUCAAGCUGUUUUUUAAUCACCUUUAACAUAAUAGCUCUGUAUUCUAUUGUAUUAAUAAUUGUAUAUUUUCAUUUAACCUUCCACAAAUAUUUUCUUAUUAGAUGAAAAGAGUUUGCCUAUACAAAGAUAUGGACACACACAAAAAGAGAGAUAGUGUAGAUGAAUGAUUCCAUUGAUUUCCACAAGAGAAGGGAAAUGAACCGAGUCCAUUGUUCUCAGGAUUUCCUCCCUCGUGUGAUCAGGAGCUCCUUCACAUCAGCAGUGGCUAAUUGUUUACAGCGCGGCUUCUCUCUCAUCAAAUCUUUCUGGGGACCCAGAUGAAGAAAGUGGCCAAGAGUCUCACUCUAAUUUUUUUUUUUUUUUUUUUGUUUUUGGAAAUGACUUAAAGGGAUGAAAUAACAGUUAAAAAAAAAAAAGAAUUAUGAGCACUUCCAACAGGUGGAUAAAGUACUUAAGUACCAGCCAUGUUUUCUUUUCUGUCAGAUUUAAAAUACUAUUGAUACUGAGGGGACGGGCUCCAGGGUAUAGAGAGCAAACUGAUUAGCAAGCUGCAGCCGUGGCCAAGAGUUGCAUUGUAUUUUGGGUGAAGCUUGCGGGUUUAAUGUUUUGAUUUGAUUGGAAUCAUUGUGCAAACUUUACCCUCAUAACACGUGUCUAAACAUGUCUGUGCCUUUUUUUUUUUUUAAGUGUGAACGGUGUUUCGCCUCCCGACGCCAAGUUCAAUCCGGUGUUGGGAGAAAGUUGUACACAGUUGUGGGCAGUGCAGAGGCUUGUUACAUUAGUUACUUCCACAGCCAUAAUGAUAUAAUGUUUUUUUAACAUUUAAGUCCAUUUACUGCAAACUUUUUUUUUUUUUUCUUUCUCUACAUUCUUGCAUAUAAUGUUGCAAGUUUUGUAAUUGCUUUUUUUUUUUUUUUAAACUUUCUAGUCAGCCUUUGGAUUCACUAACUGCAGAUCAACCUGCAGAGACUUGAAACAAGUAAUCCUCACCCUUAACAUCCCGUCAGUCUGUUUUUGUCAAACCAGCAUCAUUGCUGUGGUAAUGCUGUACAGUAAGUGUCAGUUGACACUUCUUACCAAGCGUUAUCAAGCAAUGAUGACUAGCUGUGAGAAAAAUACAAUAAAUGCAGACAUGUUCUCACUGUAUGGAUUAGCCACUUCAAGCAAGUUUCAAGUCUCACCAAGCAGAGCGGUGUACUGUAGUGAAAUGAAAGGAAACUAAGGCCUCAAACGUGGCAAUUUUGUCCUGAAAUACCAGGGCUGCAACUAAGAAUAUUUUCAUUAUCGAUUCAUCUGUUGAUUAUAUUUUCGAUUGCUUAUUCAAUAAACGCGAAAUCUUGAACACCAUACAUACAUACAUACAUAAUAUCCCGGAGCCCCAGAUGACAUCUAGAGAUUGUAUUAUCAGUCCAAAACCCAAAGAUAUUUAAUGGUACCCUGUGGAGCUUUUGACCAGUAAUAGCACUAUGGAGCAGUGUUUUUAAGUGUGGGUCGUCAUGGUUUCACGCUCUUUCUCCUAACGGAAGCUGCCAACGCGGAUCUAAAAUAGUUUAGCUUCCUUUCAAAAAUUGGCUCUGCAAAUGUUUUAUGUGCAAGGGAACGCAUUCAGAAUGUUUUAGACCACUAAGAUACACUGUGUUUUCGGAGAGAAACUGUGAACGUAAACAUAAUUUAGCCUACAAAAAAAAAAAAAAAAAAAAAUCCACUGGGUACCUUUAAUUUACUGGGAUUUAUAAAAGAAAAAAGCAAAUCUGCACAUUUGAGAAAGUGCCACCAGUGAACGUUUGGUAUUUUGUUUGAUUUCUUUCUCAAUGAUCAGUUUAAUUACCAAAUUGUUCAUAAUUUCAGCACUGAACAGUACUCUCUGAAUUCUAUCAAAUGGGAAAAAGGACAUAAAAACACUGGAAUAGUCCUUUUUUAAAAGCCAGUUUGACAGCACCAGAGCUGGACUGAUGAUGUUGACCUGUAGAAAUGAGAUUAACAUGAAAUGCUAAACGGACUGAUGUCAUAGUGAACCUAACGUUUCCCUGAAGCCUCAAAUCUGCUGUUUUUGACAACUGAGUUUUAAAAUCAAGCAGCAACUAACCCGCGUCACAGCUCUAUGUGGCGGGGCCUGCCACCUUACGAUUAAAGCUUUAACUUCACAUUUGCACACACUUAAUCUGAAACUGUGCAGCCGUGAUGCUGCACUUCAUCAUUUGUUGUCAUUUAGGCAUCACUCAACUUGCAGACAUUUCUUUGCACCGUUUUUUUUUUCCCAACAUACAUGCUUGUUUUCAACUGAUGUUAGAUUAGACAGCACACAAUUAAAACUGGCUGUUACUGUGUCCUCAUACUGUAUGUCAUCACUUGUCAAUGUGCAGAGCAAUGUCAGCAACAUGCACUGUCAUAGAAAAAUCUUUUAAAACAAAUCAAUAAAAGUUGCACUGUUUA